GCCAUUACAAGCUAUUCCUGUAAAUAUAACAAUUUUAAAAAGUAUUGUGUCAUUGUAUUAACUCUAACUUUAACAAUAAUUAUUAAUAAUACAUAGUUUGACUGUCCUGUUACCUUUUUUGUGAUGUUUGCAAUCAUUCUUAGUACUGGUUAUUGCAAUGACUGAUUUUUGAUACUAGAGUCAAGGGAGAGUUUGAGCACUGAGCUGAUCUCAGGAUUUAAUGACAUAAGCUAUGAGGACCGGUCAAGAUAAUUACAUCUCUUUCGUGUAGAAAAAGUCAAGAAAGGGGAUUUAAUUGAAGUUAAUAAAAAUCCUUAGUGGCACAGGUAAAGUAAACCUACUACUUCAAACCUAAACCAUUUUGUAUGUUUUUUUGUUUUUUUUAUUGCAUAUUUAUUUUGAUAAUCUUGAAAUAUUACAAAGUUACUGCAUCCCAAUUUCUAUAUGAACCUUCAAGUUAAGUGUGUCUACUUUCUCCACCAUUAUGUGAAACUCUGUUAAGAAUAUGUAAUAUACAGUACUGGUAUUGGAAAGCAUUAAACUAAUGGGCCUCAAGGUGUGCCAUCCACUUGCUUUCUCCAUGUAAACAGUACACUGUAUAUAGACAGAGGACAUGCAGUAAUCCCCUUUUUUUACUGUGCACAGAACAGUAUCUCAAAACAGUUUUUUUUGUAGACUCAUUAAUCCCUUCAACACUUACAAAGAUGAGCAAAACAACAAUGGUUUAGUGGUGCCCAUGGGAAAUAGUUAACUUGUCAACCAAUUUAAGUUACUAUAGAAACUAGAGAGUUGCUGCAGCUGCAAUACCCAGAGGAAGGCUUGUAGCCUAGUGACUGUUUCAUCAGUGGCUUUCUGCCUUCUGUGUCUUCUCAAAUCAAGAUGUUGUUUACUCCAAGUUGGCAUCUUUAAAGUAACUCCUAACAUUUAGAUAAUACAAAAUAGUCAAGCAGUGCAAAUAUGUGGUAAAACAACCCCCCACCCCAGGGUUGUAAGUGAAGGAGAGGCUGGCCUUGGCCCUGCUGUCUCCAAGUCUCCAGAUCCUAAAGCGAAUGUUUCUACAGCCUGUGACUCAUAGAGGGUCCUACAGUGUCCCAGUUCAGAUCACACUGCAGCGUGGACGGAGAUGCCAGAGAAGGGAAGCCAUCAUCUCCAACUCCUUCGACAACAGAAGGAAGGAAAGUGGGGAGGGAAAGGGGGGUGAUAAAUCAAAAACCCAGGCGCAAGUGUGCACAGCAGGGGAGGACAGAGCCAUUUUACUGGGGUUUGUCAUGAUGGGGUUCUCCAUCCUCAUGUAUUUUGUGCUUGGGGUCACAUUGAUAAAGCCCUAUAUGCUCAGUGUCUGGAGCGAGACGUCGAACUGCACUCUGAUGCGGUCUGAAAUCCUAGAUGACUGGGUUGGCUGCUCCUUCAUGUGUGGCGUCGACUGCCGGGGUCAUGCUAAAUACCCCUGUCUGCAAGUGUUUGUUAACCUCUCCUACACUGGGAAGAAGACAGUACUGCACUACAAUGACGAGGCUAUUCAAGUAAACCCAAAGUGCUUCUACAUACCAAAGUGCCUGAGAGACAGAACUGAAUUGUUAGCAGACGCCGAAAAAAUUAAGAAUUCAUUGCUCUUGGCAAAUGGCACCCCAUUCAACUGCUUCUACAUCCCAGGGAAGAAACCUGAAGACGCCAUCAUGUACAAGAAAUACACACUCUCAGUCGUGGUCCAUUGCUUGCUCUGGCCAACCCUGAUGCUGGCUGGAGGAGCGCUGCUCGUGGCCCUGGUGAAGCUGACUCAACACCUGUCCCGGGUCUGUACGAGCUACUCUCUUGCAUAUGAAGAUGCCCAGGCACUCACGCCAGCUUCAGAGGAAUCCCAGGAAAGAAGGCCUGGGAAACUUGACCAGCUACUAAGAUGGAGGCCAAAUCAACAAAUACAACACACCUCGCUUUCUGAAGGCAAAUAGUUUUAAUAGUUUUAGAUUUGUAAGUUAUGGAUGUGUCCGUUAAAGUGCUACUAAGAUUAGAUUUUUGAAUUGUACUUUGUAACCGACAGUUGAUUGGUGGGAAAAAUAAAUAAGACUGGAGUUGUACAUUUACUCUAUGAAACACAUUCAACAAUGUUAAUUGUUUUCUACUUACACUUUAUUUUUUAUUAUUUAUUAAGAAAAUGUCUUUUACAUUGAGACCUAGAAGAACAGGUAUUACAUGUGCCAAUUUUGGGGGACAUGGUCUAAAAUAUUUAUAU